GAGAGAGAGAGAGAGAGAGAGAGAGAGAGAGAGGGCGGUUGGACAAGGGCGCACGAGAGGAGGUGUGGGAAUCCCCCAUUUGGAGAGAUUACAGGUUGAAUUUGAGGCCUUCCACCCCCACACACAUUCAGACAAAGGCACACACUAACACAUCUAACACAAGCCAGACAAUUCAAUAUUUAACAGUGCCUUUGGUUGUUUAAAAUCGUAUCCAUAUUCACGGGUGGUCCUUUAUUUUUCCAACGUUGUUUUUUUGAACGUGGCGUAAUUUGAAGGGCUUUUAUCCUUCGUGUUGGUACAUCAUCGUAUGAUACAUUGCAUGGACAAAUCCAACAUGAACUCGUUUCUGGAAUAUACUAUUUGUAACCGACCGGGAGCAGGCACAUAUUCCACACCAAAAUCCGGAUACCACUCUCAUCCACACCACCACCACCACCACCAUCAGGGGUUCCCGGUCACCAGCGGUGCGUUCCAUUUGGGGCCUAAUGGCUCCUCAACGACGAUUAACGGGCCAUCUGACGAGGACACCGGCGGCGCAAACUUCACCAGCGACGUGCGACUGUACGCGGGCCCGGGCGCAGUCGGUGGAGGCGCGCCUGAGAGUUCCGGAGUCACCGCGGGUCACCAUUCCCAUUCCCAUAACAGCUACCAUCAUCCGCAUUUGCACCAAGCGCAGACGAUGCCAAACGCAAUGGGACUGUCACAGUACAACACCACGGGAAACGUUGGGAAUAACGGCGCAUAUGUGGCGGUGCAGAAUUGCGCCAACAACGCGGACUACACGGGGGCCUCGGGACACGUGAACACAACGCACUCCAGCGGGGUCCAUUCUCAGUAUUUCAUCGAUGAUUCAUCGAUGUCGGCCACCUACUAUCAUCAAUCAACGUUCGCCAGCACGACACCAAGCCAGGCUCCCAGCUACGGGGCACUUGCCGGGGCAUACUGCGGCGGGCCCCAGGGAAACCUGCCCGCGGCCCAGUACCCACAGCACCUCGGCGGGAGCGUGGAGGGCCCCGGAUACGUGGGUCUUCCUCACGGGGGUGGCUACGCUGACCUUACCGUCUCCCUGCAGGAGAGAGAGAGGGUGGACGAGGAGAACCAGGCCGCGCAGGGGAAGACCUUCGACUGGAUGAAGGUGAAGCGGAACCCGCCUAAAACAGUCAAAGCGUCAGACUAUGGCCUCGCGGCUGCUCACAACGUCAUCCGAACCAACUUCUCCACCAAGCAGCUGACGGAGCUGGAGAAGGAGUUCCACUUCAGCAAGUACCUCACGCGGGCUCGGCGCGUGGAGAUCGCCGCCACGCUGGACCUCAACGAGACGCAGGUGAAGAUCUGGUUCCAAAACCGGCGCAUGAAGCAGAAGAAGCGGGAACGAGAGGGCGGCCUCGGGCCCGCCUCCUUGUUAAGUGGCCCCGGUUCCAAUAAGGAGCAAGAGGACACCCAUUCGGAUAACUCCGCGUCUACGUCCCCUGGUGCGUCGCCAUGCUCGGAGACGUCGUAACGGACGCACGGCCCCUGUAUGUGCCCAAAACCGACCACGAAUUUGCCCCGCGUUCUGUCACUGCUGUCUGAGCCCACCGGUUUGUGGACGACAAGUGUUUUUAUGAUUUGUAUAUAGGCCUGGAUGGAAAGGCUUGCCGCAGAUUGUAGCAGAUAAUAGCUAUAUGAUUUUCAUACACCAUUGCAUUCCAGUGCUAGUAGGAUAUAAAAAAAACGGAGAGACAUUUCCCUAGUUAAAAAACUGAAGGUUUGAAAGAAGGCGAUACGUGAUGGACGACUUUCUGUGUUAGUUUUCCACUGCCUCAUAUCUCAAAAAAGAGAUUGACUACAAAAAACGUUUGUCUUAAUUGCGCCAUGUGGAAAAGGGAAAAGAUGACAGUGUUGUUUUUCAAUAUGAGUUGCUUGGAUGCAGCUUUGGAUAAGCAGGGUAAUUGCGUCGUAAGGACGGGCACUUUGACACGACAUUCGAACGAAAAUAAACAGGGAGCCUGUCAAUGGCAGGACACGAUGCAUAUAUGUAUUUCAUGACAUUUUUUGAAGAUCUUUUUUGAUGAUUUAAUUUUUCGGUCUCCAAGGUAACUUUUAUAAAUCUAUUUUGCGAAUCUAUUUGUAUGUGUCUGGCGUUUGCACUACUACCACGAGGGAUGGCUUGAGCUGUGUCGUUUAAUUAUAUAUUUUUAUAUAGGAAUAAUGACAAAAUAAUUGUCCAAACAUUAUCCAACAGUCAUUCAAUUUGCAUUCACUUCUAUAAAAAGCUAUAGAAGAAAAUAAACGGGUUCACUUUUCAAGGCGUAAAGGGCCAAACAUUGUACAUCACGUGACUUAUUACGUUUAAUUAAAUUGUCCAUUGGUAGAGACGGGUGGGUCUAUCAUGAACAUGGUACUAUGUUGGACCAGUGGCAUGUGGAAAUCAGAUAGAAAACAUGAAACUACAAUCAAAGUGCAGUAUUUAUAACAACAGCGGACCAGAGAUCGUUUGUGUCAAGGUCCAAUUUUUCUUUUCUUAUGUCCGUAUUGGGCUUUUCAGGGUAGGUAGGAGGCGGGCCGUUUGCAGCAGCUACGUUUUAUUAGUUAAUGCGAGCCUGGUUGCUUUGAAACAAUUUAUAAUGAUUCUGAUGAUUUUUUUGUGUUACUUCAAUCUACCUCAAUAAAUGAUCCGGUCUGGAUUCCCUUGUGCUAUUGUAUCUGAUUUGUUGGGUUACUGUACCAUCAGCAGAAUGGCCGACAUGUUUGUAAAGACUAUCGCACUGUGCUGCAUUGCAAGGCCCUCGUAUUGUGAAGCAAUAACAAAAUUCAAUUUAGAGCUACUCUCCUCGA